CUCCGAUCUCUCCUAUAGGUUGGCUAUAACACAAGUUCCUCCCAAUCCCAGAAACAAUGGCCCAAACAUUUAUAACCCAAACAAAUGAAGAAAUAAUAAUUAAUUUUUGACCAAGAAAAUACAUUUGCACUCACUCAAAACAUAGUAUCAUCCUUCAAUAGGAUCCCCCAACAGCCUUUCACUAAUCCAAUCCCAGAGCUCCCUUUAAUCUUUUUGCUGCGCAAAUUUCUCCUAAAGCCAUGGGGAACAACAUCCUAGACGCCCUGCACGUUCAGGUUGUCGGGUCAGGGCAGAGGUUCCUGGUGUUCGCCCAUGGGUUCGGGACGGACCAGUCGGCGUGGCAGCGCAUCCUCCCGUUCUUCGUCCCACACUACCGGGUGGUCCUAUACGAUCUCGUCUGCGCCGGCAGCGUCAACCCGGACCACUUCGACUACCGCCGCUACACCACCCUCGACGCCUACGUCGAUGACCUCCUCACCAUCCUCGACGAGCUCGGCAUCGAGCGCUGCGCCUACGUCGGCCACUCCGUCUCCGCCAUGAUCGGCAUCCUCGCCGCCAUACGCCGCCCCGAGCUCUUCACCAAGCUCAUCCUCAUCGGAGCUUCUCCCAGGUUCCUGAACGACAGGGACUACCACGGGGGGUUCGAGCAGGAGGAGAUCGAGAAGGUGUUCUCGGCGAUGGAGGCGAACUACGAGGCGUGGGUGAAGGGGUACGCGCCGCUGGCGGUGGGGGCGGACGUGCCGGCGGCGGUGAGGGAGUUCAGCCGGACGCUGUUCAACAUGCGGCCGGACAUAUCGCUGUUCGUUUGCCGAACGGUCUUCAACAGCGACCUCAGGGGGGUGCUGGGCCUCGUGAGGGUGCCCUGCUGCGUGAUCCAGACGGCCAAGGACGUCUCCGUGCCGGCGUCCGUCGCCGCCUACCUCAAGAGCCACCUCGGCGGCAUGACCACCGUGGAGAUGCUCAACACCGAGGGACACCUUCCCCACCUCAGCGCCCCGAGCCCGCUCGCCCGAGUCCUCCAGCGAGCCCUCUCCAGGUGAUUCACCGGCUGCCGCUCGCCGUCGCCGUCGCGGCGGCGAAGGCGGUACAGUGGUGGGACCCCCUUUUGACCACUGGGCAGUCGGUAAUACUUGUCCCAAAAAAAAAAAAAAAAAGAAGAAGAAGAAAGAAGACAGAGAGUGAGAAAUUGCGUCCGCGGAUGAUGUGGGGCCCAUGGAAGUAAAGAAGUCUAAUAAGUGUGCAGAUGUUGACACGUGGCGAAUAUUUUGUGGACACCGGGCGGGAUAUUAUUGUGGUAGAUGUGAUCCGGACGGGAGGGAAAGGAUGAGGAUGUGCACGUGAGAUGCACGUGAUGACGCGUCCCAUUUUUGUCUCUCUUUUUGUUUCUUCCUUCUUUUUCCUUUUUCUCCUUUUUUUUUUUGUUGUUUUCCUUUUAUUUUGUUUUAUUUUUAUAUGUUUACGUUCGCGAAAUUUGGCUGAUUUUUCUUCUAUUUGGGAAGGUGAAAGGAAGUGAAAUAGACAUGUGACUUGAGCUGUGUGCGUGCUGAAUGCUACCCUUCUUUCCGCAA